GCUCACCCCUCGAGGCUGUCUCUCGGCGUGCCCGCGUCCUCCCCUACUCCCGGCCCUGCCACUCCCUCGCUGGCCUGAACAGCUGUUUACAACGGAAUCCGGACGCCGGGCGCGAGUGGAGAUCAGUGCCAGAGGAGGGGAUUCCCGGCGCCGGGGGACAGAGCCCCCUUUUUUUUUUUUUGCCGAAAGACCCUUUCUGCUGGGGAGCCUCUUGUGUCCAGCCUAGGCCCGCGUGCAGCCCCGACGGAUGACCGUCUUCUUGGCAAGUGCGAGGAUCCUCCUCCCCUCGGCUCUCUUUUUAGACACAGUGGGGGUUGAAUGGAUGCGCGCGAUAUAAGCAAAUUAAAUGGUUCGUGGCCGCAUCCUAGAGCCCUUUAAUUAGUUACCAUUUGUAGAAGGCCUGCCGUGCACAAUCCCUCGUUUCAUCUCCCCCCAAACCGAGCAGGAAAGUGAAUAAACUUAAUUGAGAAUGUCUGAAAACCUUGACAAGUCCAAUGUAAAUGAAGCAGGAAAAUCAAAAUCCAAUGAUUCUGAGGAAGGCCUCGAAGAUGCUGUGGAAGGUGCUGAUGAAGCCUUACAAAAAGCAAUAAAGUCAGACUCCUCCAGCCCCCAAAGAGUGCAGAGACCUCACUCUAGUCCUCCUCGCUUUGUGACAGUAGAAGAACUUCUAGAGACAGCGAGAGGCGUCACCAACAUGGCUCUAGCCCAUGAAAUUGUAGUAAAUGGAGACUUUCAGAUUAAACCAGUUGAAUUACCAGAAAACAGCUUGAAGAAGAGAGUAAAGGAGAUUGUACAUAAAGCGUUUUGGGAUUGCUUGAGUGUGCAGCUAAGUGACGAUCCCCCAGCAUAUGACCAUGCUAUCAAACUUGUAGGAGAAAUCAAAGAGACUCUCUUAUCUUUCUUGCUGCCUGGUCAUACUAGACUGAGAAACCAGAUAACAGAAGUCUUGGAUCUGGAUCUGAUAAAGCAGGAAGCAGAGAAUGGGGCCCUAGACAUUUCCAAGCUGGCAGAAUUCAUUAUUGGCAUGAUGGGGACACUGUGUGCACCUGCUCGAGAUGAGGAAGUUAAGAAACUAAAGGACAUUAAGGAAAUAGUGCCCCUUUUCAGAGAAAUUUUUUCUGUGUUGGACCUAAUGAAAGUAGACAUGGCCAACUUUGCUAUCAGUAGCAUCAGGCCUCAUCUCAUGCAGCAGUCAGUUGAAUACGAAAGGAAGAAGUUUCAAGAGAUUUUGGAGAGGCAACCAAAUUCCCUGGACUUUGUCACCCAGUGGCUGGAAGAAGCCUCAGAGGACCUUAUGACUCAGAAGUAUAAACAUGCCCUGCCAGUGGGGGGAAUGGCUGCUGGCUCUGGGGACAUGCCCAGGCUGAGCCCUGUUGCUGUCCAGAAUUACGCUUACCUGAAGCUUCUGAAGUGGGACCACCUCCAGAGGCCGUUCCCCGAAACAGUUUUAAUGGACCAGUCUCGCUUCCAUGAGCUCCAGUUGCAGCUGGAACAACUGACCAUCCUGGGGGCUGUGUUGCUGGUCACCUUCAGCAUGGCAGCACCAGGAAUUUCCAGCCAGGCCGACUUUGCUGAGAAACUCAAGAUGAUUGUGAAGAUUUUGCUAACAGAUAUGCACCUGCCCUCCUUCCAUCUGAAGGACGUCCUCACUACCAUCGGGGAGAAGGUGUGCCUGGAGGUGAGCAGCUGCCUCUCCCUGUGUGGGUCCUCCCCCUUCACCACGGACAAGGAGACCGUGCUUAAGGGCCAGAUCCAGGCCGUGGCCAGUCCCGAUGACCCCAUUCGCAGGAUCAUGGAAUCUCGAAUCCUGACCUUCUUAGAAACCUACCUUGCCUCGGGUCAUCAGAAGCCAUUGCCCACAGUCCCUGGGGGACUCAGUCCAGUUCAGAGAGAGCUGGAGGAAGUUGCUAUUAAAUUUGCUCGCCUGGUCAACUAUAACAAGAUGGUCUUCUGUCCCUACUACGAUGCAAUCCUGAGUAAGAUCCUCGUCCAAUCCUAACGUGUAUGCACCCUACAGCAGCAGUAUUACUCACUAGCCACAGAAUACCUGUUCUGUACUCUAAUGUUGCAUUGGAAAAUGGCUAUAUAGUACAUGUCUACUUAACAGCACCGAUUCCAAAGGGAAGAAUAUUGUGUAUCACUGUUGAAAAGACUUGUUGAAAAAUCCACUGAAUUCUAUUUUGAGAGAUUGUAUUUAUGAGUGCAAGUUUACAAAUCAAAGAAGCAUUUUGUUCUCGAGUUUUACAGGUAACACUCAGCUGUUGUCUCCACUCCUCCCCCAUCAUGUCCUUCCAAGGAGGCUGGGAACUCUCUCUUCUGCAAUCUGGGUAGUUCUUUCAGAUGCCUCAUGCUGAGCUGACAGCCAUCCAAGCGCAAAAGAGACCAAGCCAUGGCCUCACCUCCUGCCGUCCCUCAGACAGCCUUGUCCCUCACCCCUCCCUUCUGGUAUUUUUGUUAGAAGGGCUAUAUAAUGUCUUAUUGCCAUUUUCUCCUCCUAUUUAUUGCUUCCUCCCUGCCUGGCCUAGCCAGGGCUCCCAAGCCCUUUUUUCUAGAGGAGAGUUAUUUGUCUCUCUCUCUUUUUUUUUUUUACUUUCUUUUUUGUAUUUAAACAUUCUUUUAACCUUCCCCCAAAGAUACAGUUAUUGGACUUUAAAAAGCUUGUUCUUUUAUACAAAAUUACUCCUGCAUCUGGUUGAGAGCAGUUAUGACUUAUGAGAUCUAGUGAAAGGAAAGUCUUUGACUUUCAAGCCUUGAAAGUCAAGGAGGAAAUGUAUUGAAAAAUAGUUUACUGUAAUGUGAACGAAGAGAAAUGUCUGGAAAUCUUACUGAAAAAUUGACCCUGAGACAAUACACAGAUGUGAUGAUUGAAUUAAAUUCUGGAAUUAGA